CCCCCCCCAAGGACCGCGGGGGGACUCUUGGCGACGCGAGGAUAUGAACAGUCUUCCAGGUGGGCUACUCAGAGGGAGUGAAUCCGAAAGGCGUCCUCCAAUCAGGCUCAGGCAACCCGCAGCCUGGUCCAAAUGCCUCUCCGGCGGAUCUCGGUAAUCCCAGCGCAGGAGACGACCAGCAAUGGGAGAAGUUCCGUAGGUAGAAACAAAGAGAAGAACAGGGAAGUCGAGAAUUUCAGAAUUUGAAAAGGGAUAAGUGGAAGGAGAAAAUGUUGGGCUGGUGCCAAGCGAUAGCUCGUAAUCCUCUCAGAUUCCCAAACAGCACAAGAACGCCUGAAGUCACAGGUGAUGCUUCACAUAUCUCUGCCUUGAAUGAAAAAUCUCCAGGGCGCUCAACAAGUCGAUCGAGUAACAUUUCGAAGGCAAGUAGUCCUACUACAGGGACAGCUCCCGGAAGUCAAUCACGGUUAUCUGUCUGCCCAUCUACUCAGGACAUCUGUAGGAUCUGUCACUGUGAGGGAGAUGAUGAAAGCCCUCUCAUCACACCAUGUCGCUGCACAGGGACCUUACGUUUCGUUCAUCAGGCUUGUCUACAUCAAUGGAUUAAGAGCUCAGACACGCGGUGCUGUGAACUCUGCAAGUAUGACUUCAUCAUGGAGACUAAACUUAAACCUCUCCGAAAGUGGGAGAAACUGCAGAUGACAACAAGUGAAAGAAGAAAAAUAGUUUGCUCAGUCACAUUCCACAUUAUUGCUAUUACCUGUGUAGUUUGGUCAUUGUACGUAUUGAUAGAUCGGACUGCUGAGGAAAUUAAGCAAGGCAAUGACAAUGGAGUCCUAGAAUGGCCAUUUUGGACAAAGUUGGUUGUGGUAGCCAUUGGAUUCACUGGAGGCCUUGUCUUCAUGUACGUGCAGUGUAAAGUCUACAUUCAGUUAUGGCGAAGGCUGAAGGCUUAUAACCGUGUGAUAUUUGUUCAGAACUGUCCAGAUACUGCCAAAAAACUGGAAGAGAAAAAUUCUUCCACCAUUCAGAACACUGAAAUUAAAGAUACUGUUGUGGUUCCAGUUUCACAGACAGAGACGAACUGUCAGCAAACAGAAGAAACUAUUUCUGAUGUCAUGCCAGUUUGAUGGAAGUAGCAUUUCUUUGGGAAAUAAAGUGAAAUGUUUCUGUUAGCUACAGGAAAAAAGAUAAUCAAAUCCAGAGAGUAUAUUUGAAAAAAAAGAACGAACAUAAAAAAAAUA